CACACUCUUUCUCUCCACACCAACAAAUCCAAUCCAAUAUCCACCCAGCUCUGCGUUUCAUCUCUCUCAAAUCCCCGCUCUCUUAAUUCCCGUUUUGCCAUGGAAGACGACUUUGAUUUCCCAACCGGCGGCAACCCCGAAGACGUUGACAUGGACCUCCCGGAGGAAGACGACGACGCGACCAGCCCAGGCCCGCUCAAGGUCGGCGAAGAGAAGGAGAUUGGGAAAAAUGGGCUGAAGAAGAAGCUGCUCAAGCAAGGUGAAGGGUGGGAGACGCCUGGCUCCGGCGACGAGGUUGAAGUUCAUUACACUGGGACUUUGCUUGAUGGCACCAAGUUUGAUUCCAGCCGUGAUCGGGGGACGCCUUUCAAGUUCGGCCUUGGACAAGGACAAGUGAUCAAGGGAUGGGAUGAGGGUAUUAAGACCAUGAAGAAGGGUGAGAAUGCAAUUUUCACCAUACCACCCGAGUUGGCUUAUGGCGAGUCUGGAUCCCCUCCAACUAUUCCUCCCAAUGCCACACUCCAGUUUGAUGUGGAGUUGCUUUCCUGGACUAGUGUCAAGGACAUAUGCAAGGAUGGCGGUGUUAUAAAGAAAAUUCUUACUGAAGGGGAGAAAUGGGAGAAUCCAAAAGACCUCGAUGAAGUAUUUGUUAAGUAUGAGGCUCGACUAGAAGAUGGGACUCUUGUUUCAAAAUCUGAUGGGGUGGAGUUUACUGUUGAAGAUGGCUAUUUCUGCCCAGCCUUGGCAAAAGCUGUGAAAACAAUGAAGAAAAAUGAAAAGGUCCAUUUGACAGUAAAACCACAAUAUGGAUUUGGUGAGGCCGGAAGACCAGCUGUUGGUGAAGAAGGCGCAGUGCCUCCAAAUGCUACCCUUGGGAUAACCCUAGAGUUGGUCUCGUGGAAGACAGUUUCAGAUGUUACAAAGGACAAGAAGGUCCUAAAAAAGGCCUUAAAGGAGGGAGAGGGAUAUGAGCGUCCUAAUGAUGGGGCGGUAGUUCAAGUGAAACUUGUUGGGAAGUUACAGGAUGGCACAAUCUUUAUGAAGAAGGGACAUGAUAAUGAGCCAUUUGAAUUCAAGAUAGAUAAAGAGCAAGUUAUUGAUGGACUUGAUAGAGCGGUGAAGGGCAUGAAGAAAGGGGAGGUGGCUCUGGUCACCAUUCAACCGGAAUAUGCUUUUGGGUCAUCUGAUUCUGCACAAGAAUUGGCCAUUGUCCCUGCAAAUUCAACUGUGUACUAUGAGGUGGAGCUGGUCUCCUUUGUGAAGGAGAAGGAAUCUUGGGACAUGAACACACAAGAAAAAAUUGAAGCGGCUAGUAAGAAGAAGGAAGAAGGCAACGCUCUCUUUAAGGCUGCCAAAUAUGAAAGGGCCUCAAAGAGAUAUGAAAAGGCUGUGAGGUUUAUAGAUUAUGACUCAAGUUUCAGUGAUGAAGAGAAGCAGCAGGCGAAGGUACUGAAGAUCACCUGCAAUCUGAAUGAUGCUGCAUGCAAGCUUAAACUUAAACAGUACAAAGAUGCUGAAAAGCUCUGCACAAAGGUCCUGGAACUUGACAGUCGGAAUGUGAAAGCAUUGUACAGAAGGGCACAAGCCUAUAUCCAGCUUGUUGAUUUGGACUUGGCAGAGCUGGACAUCAAGAAGGCCCUUGAGAUAGACCCAAACAACAAGGAUGUGAAACAGGAGUACAAGCUUCUGAAGGAGAAAGUUAGAGAGUACAACAAGAAGGAUGCACAGUUCUAUGGCAAUAUAUUUGCAAAAAUGAAGAAACACGACCCAGUUCCAAUGACAAUUGAUAGCAAGGCAUGACCAUUUUCUUUCAUGUAAUAGAAUCAAAAUUGGUGGCUGUGUGUGUUAUUGUAUACUUACGAAAGCCUCACACACCUUGUACACUGAACAAAGCAUCGUCAUGGAAUAACAAUAACAAUUUCAUUGGUUGCUUCUUA